ACAAAAUGGCUACCGGACGAAUUGUGUUUUACAUGUAUUUCAGUCAGUUCGUCGUCGUCGCCUCUACUAGUAGUACUACUCUGUCGAGUCACCAGAGCAACUUUAUCUUUUCUUCACAAGAAUAAUGAAAAGAAUGAUGGCAGCAGUAACAGAAACAAAGUUUGAUUUUAAGAGUGAAGACAGUUUAAAUGGACUACGUUCAAGCAAAGACACUGAUGUUAUCCGCUAUUCAGACUCUAGUCAUGGGAAUAUGCUGCUGGCUGAGUUGAGUCAAUUGAGAGUGGAGAGACUCCUGACUGAUAUAACACUACAAGUUGGUCAGCAGAAGUUUGCCUGUCAUCGUAAUAUACUUGCAGCAUGUAGUCCAUACUUCAAGGCAAUGUUCACCGGUAGCAUGCAGGAAUCACGAUGUGAUAUUAUUACACUUCAAGAUAUGGAGCCUACUUCAUUGAGGCUGAUAUUGGAGUUUGCGUAUACAGGAGCCUUGAGUCUAAAUAAUGACUGCGUACAGAGUGUGUUUGCUGCCGCCAAUCUCCUACAAGUUGCUCCUGUUAUUCACUUCUGUGCUGAAUACAUGGAGAAAAACCUUCAUGUUAUCAACUGUGUUGAUAUGUAUCAGUUGGCUUGUAUAUAUUGCUGUGCAAGCCUGAAAGAAGCAGCAUGGGAUUACCUCAAUUACCAUAUCCAGGAUGUGAUUAUGGAGCCUCAUUUAGUUGAAUCCAGUCUGGAUGUUAUGCAGGACUUAGUACAGAGUAAUAAACUCAAUGCCCCAUCAGAAGAUGUUGUACUCAAAAUGGUUCUGAAAUGGGUACACUGGGAUUCUGUCUCAAGAUCAGUGCAUUUGCCAACCUUACUACAGAGCAUCCGCUUAAAGCAGAUUCCUUGUGGGACAUUGCAAGGAUUGAUGGAUGUGAAUACAACACAAGAAAUGAAGUGUAUUCUUAAAGAUGUUAUUAAGAAGAUGAAGGAAGAAGUCAAACACCAACAAGAUUUGACUGAAGUCAAACAAAGACCAGAACAACGUUUAGGUAUGACUGCUCAGAAUGUCUUACUAUUGAUGGGACGUUCAAAUAGAGAGCACACUUUAUGCUGCUACCAUCCACCCUCCAAAGCAAGCUUUUUUAUUGACUUGCCACCAGUGUGUCGUACAUUUGGAGCCAAGCUAGCCGUGACAGACACCAAUGACCUGUAUCUGGCUACAGAUGACUAUCGUGAGAAGAGUGUGUUUCGCUAUAAUCAUGUACAAGCAAAGUGGGUUGAAAUUUCCCCCAUGUUACAAGGACGAUCUAGUUUCUCUCUUAUUGCUAUUAAUGGAAACAUAUUUGCAUUAGGAGGAUUGAAUGAUUGGGAGAUAUUAAGAAGUGUUGAAUGGUAUGAUCCAGCUAGAGAUGAAUGGCAGUUUGCAAGUUCAAUGCCUCGUAAUGUUAUAGAUUUCAGUGCGGCUGCUUACCACAACAUGAUCUACUUGUUUUCUGGAAGUCGUACCAUGAGUUACCACACUCAAACUGAUACUUGGGUCGCUACCCUUCCACCUAUGCCAACACCACGGUUACAAGUCGCUUGUACAACAAACGCUUCUGAAAUCUGGUUGAUUGGAGGCUUCUUAGCCCAGAGUAGUUCGGAGGUACCAACUGUUAAUGUAGAGUCUUUCAGACCAGAGAGUAACACAUGGACCAAGAGAGUACCUUUGCCAUCUCUGUUAAGAUUCUGUUCUGCAGUGAGUUACCGUCCUGGUGGUAGAUUGUAUUUAUGUGGUAUGUGGUGUGGUGUACAUGAAAUGGGUCUUAAUAUACCAAUGCAGCUUAGCUCCCAAUUUGAUCUGUAUGACUUUGAAGAGGUGUCCAAUUGUUGGGCUGAUAUUGCAUUUGAUAUACCUCUGCAAGAUGUACAGUCCUGUGCAACAGCAAGGGUAUUCCAGAGAUAACCCAAGAGAUAACCUCAACAUCAAUAGAGUAACAUUACAUUUAAUUGUAGGUAAAAUCUCAUUACAGUAUGCCAAAAUCAUGGUUUUACAUAAAUCGCAAAACCAUGAUCAUUAUCAUUAAUUAUUGGGUGCUUUGAUCUUCAAGCAAACUUUCACACAGGUGACGAUCAUCAUUGGACGCGAAAGCGCAACCUUUGAAUUAACAUUUACCUCUUGUAACUUUUACCUUUUUGUGUUACGGCUUUUAAAAGUGACAUACAUGUAGGCACAAUACGCAGGGUGUGAUAUGGGCUGUGUGAUAUAAGUUUUUUACUAUACCUCAUUUCAUGAUCGAGAGUCGAUUUCUUACUGGUCCAUUCAUCAUCAUGUGACAGGUGCUAUUUUUGAUAGUUACCAAGCGUGCACGCGAGUAACCAUGCACAUGGUACAUGCGCAUGACAAGUGGAAUAGCGCCCGGGAGCUAUUUUACUUGUCAAGUGCAUUAACCAUGUGCGACCGGUCAGCCCGGGCGCUAUUCUUCUUGUCAUGCGCUUUCAAUCGUGAUGCAUGAACAUCGCUCUAUCAUGUCUAAAGUGUUUUGCAUGGGGAGUUUGUGUUGCCAUUUGGCAUCAAUGGGAGCGAAAAUGGUUUUUAAUUAAAUCUAAUGUUGUACACUUGCCAAUCUUCUGAGUUUUCACUGAUCAUGUUAACUAUUGUUACAAUCUCUAGUCUCUUUCUUAUUUAUACUUAAACAGCUACUUGAGCGGAAUGUUUUUAACGGAAAUGCUAUUAAUUAUCUUGUUUAUAAUGCGUUUGUUCACCAUUUAAAUGUAAUUUUGAUAUGGGUAUACUUCAUAUUUUUUGUAAUUAUCGACUAAAAAAUGAGGCCCAGCCUCAAGGUUCUGAAGGAACUAAAAACACUUCUGCUGUUGACGGCGCAUCAAAAUGACAAUGCUUUGCUGUCAUGUCAUGCUUUGUUAUACCUCCCCGCUGCAACAAAGCGGCUAUACAAAUUGGAGCUCCCAUCUACAUUGUAACAUGAGUGAUUCAUAACAGAGCUUUUUCAGAAAAGCGCUGGAUAAGGGUAUUCAAAAUGAUUAUUUUUUUGUAUAUUUGGUUUGCGGUAACACCAUGUG